CUCGUUUCUCACUUUUCAUCGCCUUCGGAUCCCCUGGUAUCAUACAAUUAUACCGGUAUCCCCUAAUUUCUGUAUCAUACGGUACCGGUAGACCACUACACACGAAAUAGCCAUGCCCCGCCUAGCCUUUAGACCACCUCUCUUCAAUUCUGCGAGCCCCUGGGCUACGACAAAGACUGAUCUACAAGACCUCUACAACUCUCCCUUCACCGGUGCCGUAACUACCCGCACUUCACUCCUUGCGGGAUUUCCCCACGACCCUUCCAUCCACCAACACACCCUUUUCGAUUCCCCCACAACUAGCCUUAACACGUAUGGCUAUUCACCGCACCCCCUAAAGUUCUACCUCGAUACCGUAAAAUCUAUAAUUACAGACACUGGCAAACCGCAGACGAAACCCUUCAUUAUAUCCAUCACGGGCACUCCCGAGGAAGUCGCGGAGGCUGUGGCCACUGUUAGCGACGUUGCCAAGGUUGGUUACAAUCUCCUUGUUGAGGUUAAUUUGUCAUGCCCGAACAUUCCCGAUAAGCCACCUCCCGCGUAUUCCCUGCCGGAGUUGAGGGCGUACUUGGAUCUGCUGUCGAAGCGGAAGGAGGGAGUUCCGAUCGGACUCAAGACACCACCCUACACAUAUGAUGCUCAGUUCCGGGUCCUCUUGUCGGCGUUGAAAGCAUACCCUUCGCUAGUAUCCUUCAUCACCUCAACAAAUACUCUCGGAUCUUCCCUACACCUCUCCUCGCAGCCUUUGCUAGCCGUGUCCGGGGAUAGGCGGGUUGUGUACCAACCUACUUUGUCGUCUCCCGCUAGGACAGGGAUAGGUGGGCUGGGUGGUGCGUCGAUUCAUUGGCUGAGCUUGGGGAACGUCAGCACUAUUCGACAGAUGUUAGAUCAGGUGCAAGAGUUAAAGGGCAUAGUGGUUAUCGGCGUCGGUGGAGUGGGCGAUAGAGAUGGGUGGCAGAGGAUGUUGAGCGUUGGAGCAGAAGGUGUGGGGGUUGCUACAGCGCUCGGAAAGAACGGCGUUGGUGUGUUUGCAAAGAUCUCGAGCGAGGAUUAGUGUGUUUCUAGAGGCUCUCGCUUUCAUCGGGAGCCCAUGAAACCCCCUCGGCGGGUGUCGGGCUUCUCAAACUCGGUCCCUCCAAGAGGUCAAUAUAGUGACAAAUUCUCGAGUGUCUCGGGACUGCUCUUGUCAAGAUUAUAUUCAAGGAGCACGGCUGUCAAAUGGUGUUCUUAAAAGGCAUCAUGGGAUGGUCGAAGUUUGCACCUAGGGCCCUCGGCUCCUGUCCAGUUGCGCAGUUUUUACGCCUCGACCAAGUGGGAUCGAGGAACCAAGUCGCCAUUAACUCAUGUCAAGGCCACCCUAGUCUCUCCGCGCAAAUCCUCUUACCCGAGUACAGCAUUUCCCUAAGCUUAAUAUCCCGGCAGCCCGUGAAAUCCUAGAAGCUAGAGGCUGGUGCGCCCGUGGCGUGUAUGGUUGCGUUUUUCAAGAUGGUAACGCUCCAGGAUCGCUGCCAUACCGAGUACCAUAUUUAAAGGCAGUUUUCCAACCCUCAACCACGUCAAUAUUCCCGUAUAUCAUACCCUUCCAGAUUCAAAGAAAUCGCUGCAGUGUUAUGCCAACCCCACAAUCAACCACACUUUCUUAUUAAGCCCUUCCGAAACAUUGGCCCCAGUGAAUUGUGGAAUACCAAUAAAACGACAUCACUCAAACACGGUAGAAUCACCCAAAAUCUCUGCUGUAGCUCCAAACGCACGUUUAGAUAGAGAGAGCUAUUUCUGUUCGAUUCACUUUUCUUUCCUUAGAUUUUUCUACUUGUUGACCCUCACCGAUUCGAACAUUCCCCCGCAUCGUCUUAUCGGAGGACUUUAAUCCAGCUCCAGCUCGCUAACACUCGGUCCCAAAUUUUGGGAUCUGACCCUCAGAGCAGACAUGCUCUUAGCACAAACUCCCAAUCAAACCCCAUUAGAUGACGCCUGUAACAAUUAUACAGUAGGUUAAACCGUUAUAAAAAGGCCUUCAAUCCUCCCCCCAAGAGGCGAGGGAGCAUUGUUCGAGGAUAUGUUAUGACACCGUCGCAAAUUAUACAUUCAGACCUAUAAAUACAUCAUUCAGUAAAAUCUAUGAUACCACAGAAUCUAGAACCCUCUUCCUCAAACCCUCGCCAGUAAUUCAGGGUGCAACGCGCACUAGCGUAUGAUAUGAUACCUCCACCCGCCAGAUGCGAGUUUGCCUCCAACAAAACCCUAAUAGUUAUGAUACAUAAAAACACGCGCUACCUUGUCCCCUCGUGGCCUUUUUUUCCUCCUUUGUAUGAUAAUCGCCCGGGACAUUUUGUUGCAUCAGCCGGCAUCCGCUUCACACACUUCGGAAUCGCAACGCUUUGUGUAAGAUACCCUCUCCCUAACUAACCGCCUUGAUUGCUCGCUCCGGGAAGGUGCGCCUCCCCUCUUUUUACAUUGCAGUGUUCCGGUGUCUGUGGAGCUCAAACGCGUUGAGGAGUAUCCAUUGCCGCAAUCUCAAGGAUUGGGAACGCUUGGUUCUCUUAUUGUUUCGGCCCUGGGAAGGGGUAGGAACUCGAGGAGAGUAGAGAUAUGCUAAGCUUGAUUCUAUAGAUAGCCGGAUCCACGGUAUAUCACAGAAGUGGGGGAUGGGAAUGGGAAGGGAGACUUCCCGGAGAAAACCCCCAAUCACCAGACCCAUUCACGGCAAUCAAUCCAGAGUAGUUCCUUCAAGCAAGCAAGCACUCGAAUUCACCCCAAACAAUACAGAUCGGCGGAAUUUCACGGCAUCUUCUGCCCACGAAAGUACACUAGAGAAAAACUGUAUAUUUCCAAAGUGAGAAAACAACCCUUCUAUAAAGCUCAGUCAUCUCCCUUCCGAAGCCCAGCAACGUCAACAGCAUUUCCCCACCCCUCGGUCCCGUUCUUGGCAUUAAGGGCCAAUUCGCUAACCCCCUUCGGACCCUGCUCCAUCCCCUUCUGCUGAGCAUCGCCCUCCUCGUCGGCCCAGUAUGCCUCAUCGGCAAGCGCAUCCCUGGUGACCUUACGCUCAACCUUAUGCUCGAUGUGCUUGGUCUCGGCCUCGUCGACACAUUUGGCGCACCCGCAUCUAAGUCUAAGGCGAUACCACAUUCCGUCCAUGGGGUCCUU